AUGUGUAUGAAUGUGAUGGACCAUAAAUGUCACAAGUCCACCCCAGAAGGUGGUGAGUGGUCUUCAUUGUGCGCCGAGCUCAGGGGCUUCACUGCUCUACAAGAGGAGAAGUGGAACUUUGGAAAUGUCACAAGUCCACACCAGAAGGUGGAGAGUGGCCUUCAUUCCACCGCCACCGCCACAAUCUACUUCCACCGCCACCAUCUACCUCCACCGCCACCAUCUACCUCCACCAUAUACCUCCACCACCACCAUCUACCUCCACCGCCACCAUCUACCUCCACCAUCUACCUCCACCACCACCAUCUACCUCCACUGCCACCAUCUACCUCCACCGCCACCAUCUACCUCCACCACCACCAUCUACCUCCACUGCCACAUCUACCUCCACCAUCUACCUCCACCAUCUACCUCCACCAUCUACCUCCACCGCCACCAUCUACGUCCACUGCCACCAUCUACCUCCACCGCCACCAUCUACCUCCACCAUCUACCUCCACCGCCACCAUCUACCUCCACCAUCUACGUCCACUGCCACCAUCUACCUCCACCGCCACCAUUUACCUCCACCACCAUCUACCUCCACCAUCUACCACCACCGCCACCAUCUACCUCCGCCAUCUACCUCCACUGCCACCGCCACCAUCUACAUCCACCAUCUACCACCACCACCACCAUCUACCUCCACCGCCACCAUCUACCUCCACCAUCUACAUCCACUGCCACCAUCUACCUCCACCAUCUACAUCAACCGCCACUAUCUACCUCCACCACCACCACCACCACCAUCUACCUCCACCGCCACCAUCUACCGCCACCACCACCAUCUACCUCCACUAUCUACCUCCACCUCCACCAUCUACCACCACCGCCACCAUCUACCUCCACCGCCACCAUCUACCUCCACCGCGACCGUCACCAUCUACCUCCACUGCCACCGCCAUCAUCUACCUCCACCAUCUACCACCACCGCCAUCAUCUACCUCCACCAUCUACCACCACCACCACCAUCUACCUCCACCGCCACCAUCUACCUCCACCAUCUACAUCCACCAUCUAAAUCCACCGCCACCAUCUACCUCCACCAUCUACAUCCACCGCCACAAUCUACCUCCACCACCACCAUCUACCUCCACCGCCACCAUCUACCGCCACCACCACCAUCUACCUCCACCGCCACUGCCACCAUCUACCUCCACCGCCACCAUCUACCUCCACUAUCUACCUCCACCGCCACCAUCUACCUCCACCUUCUCCCUCCACCGCCACCAUCUACCUCCACCAUCUACCUCUACCGCCACCAUCUACCUCCACCGCCACCAUCUACCUCCACCAUCUACGUCCACUGCCACCAUCUACCUCCACCGCCACCAUCUACCUCCACCAUCUACCUCCACCGCCACCAUCUACCUCCACCAUCUACGUCCACUGCCACCAUCUACCUCCACCGCCACCAUUUACCUCCACCGCCAUCAUCUACCUCCACUGCCACCAUCUACCUCCACCGCCACCAUCUACCUCCACCACCAUCUACCUCCACCAUCUACCACCACCGCCACCAUCUACCUCCGCCAUCUACCUCCACUGCCACCGCCACCAUCUACAUCCACCAUCUACCACCACCACCACCAUCUACCUCCACCAUCUACAUCCACUGCCACCAUCUACCUCCACCAUCUACAUCAACCGCCACUAUCUACCUCCACCACCACCAUCUACCUCCACCGCCACCAUCUACCGCCACCACCACCAUCUACCUCCACUAUCUACCUCCACCUCCACCAUCUACCACCACCGCCACCAUCUACCUCCACCGCCACCAUCUACCUCCACCGCCACCAUCUACCUCUACCUCCACCGCGACCGUCACCAUCUACCUCCACUGCCACCGCCAUCAUCUACCUCCACCAUCUACCACCACCACCACCAUCUACCUCCACCGCCACCAUCUACCUCCACCAUCUACAUCCACCAUCUAAAUCCACCGCCACCAUCUACCUCCACCAUCUACAUCCACCGCCACAAUCUACCUCCACCACCACCAUCUACCUCCACUGCCACCAUCUACCGCCACCACCACCAUCUACCUCCACCGCCACUGCCACCAUCUACCUCCACCGCCACCAUCUACCUCCACUAUCUACCUCCACCGCCACCAUCUACCUCCACCUUCUCCCUCCACCGCCACCAUCUACCUCCACCAUCUACCUCUACCGCCACCAUCUACCUCCACCAUCUACCUCCACCGCCACCAUCUACCUCCACCAUCUACCUCCACCGCCACCAUCUACCUCCACCGCCACCAUCUACCUCCACCAUCUACGUCCACUGCCACCAUCUACCUCCACCGCCACCAUCUACCUCCACCAUCUACCUCCACCGCCACCAUCUACCUUCACCGCCACCAUCUACCUCCACCGCCACUCUCUACCUCCACCAUCUACAUCCACCGCCACCAUCUAA